GGCCUCGCGCACAUUCCCGGUGGUCUCUAUAUUUAACACGUGUGAGCGCUUCCAUCCUGGCUCUGCGUUUGACUUCCGGGUGGUAUAUUUAGGUGUUGUUUGCCCCCCGUCCGGAGCCGCUGGGCUCAGUUCGGCGAGCAGCACCCACCAUGGCAGCGGCCCCGAGCGGCGGGGACCCACCCUGCGGGCCGUGAACCCCCCCUCUCCUUCCGGAGGGGAGAACGAGGAGCGCGCGGCUCUCCGGUGGCCGUCGGGCCUCCAGAUGUCGCUCCCGGUGCUGCUGCCGGGGUCUUGCUGUCCGGUCGCCGGGGCUCCGCAGCUCGCCGAGCAGCCCUACCGAACCCGACCGCGCGGCCCGUCCGCCUCGUCGCGGGUCCCGGGCGGCGGCUCGCGGCUGCUGCUGCCCGGGCGGCCGCUGCUCUCCCUGGGCUUGCUGCAGCUGCUGCUCGGCGGCUCCAUGGUGGCGCUGUGCUUCGGAGCGCGGUCCCUCAGCAGCGCGGCCCCCGUGCGGACCUCCUGCCCCUUCUGGGCGGGCUCCUCGGUCAUACUGUCAGGCAUCGUGGGUCUCACCACAUGGAGGAGGCCUAUGCUGUUACUGGUAAACGUCUUUGUCCUGCUGUCGUUGGUGUGUGUGCUGCUUAACCUGGCUGGAUUCAUCCUGUGCUGCCAGGGGGCCCAGCUGGUUUCCAGUAUGACCAGCUGCCAACUGAGUGAGGCUGGAGAUGUGUGUUACUGCUGCGCCGUCUCCCCGAGCUCCAACUGUCCCCAGGAGCAGCUGCUGCAGCUCCACCCGGCCCCCUCCUGCAGCACCAUGCGGGUGCUGCUCAAGGUGCUGUUUGCGCUGUGCGCCCUGAACGCGCUGACCACCGCCGUGUGCCUCAUGGCGGCCGCGCUGAGAUACCUGCAGAUCUUCAGCGCGAGGACACAGUGCCUGGACGAGCACAGGGCCCCUGAUGAGGAAGGGGAGGACCCUGGUCAGGGGCCAGACCCAGAUGAGUUUGUGGCCCCUGCCCCUCCCCCAUCCUACUUCUCCACUUUCUACUCUUACACGCCACGCCUGGCUCGCCGGAUCCUUGGGGACGGCGUGAUCCCUCUGCCUCACAUCUACGGGUCUCGGAUCAAAGGGGUGGAGGUCUUCUGUCCUCUUGACCCCCCUCCCCCGUACGAGGUUGUUGCCGGCAGCUCCACCGACGCAGCCAGACAGGAGACGGAGGUUGUUCCGAGGGAGUGGACGACAAACCCAACUGCACCAGUACCAUGUGUUCCAGACGGGAGUCCACAAAUGGUAUCGGCAUCACCAGGCACCAACCCCCAGAUCCUGCCUCUCCCCCCUCCCUCUCCUCCUCCUCCGCCACAGCAGCAGUCCUCUCCAGCACUGACCCCCUGCAGGAAGGUGAGGAUCCAGCGCUCCAACAGUGACCCGGUGUUGAUGGACCUCGCCGCUAAAGUGCAGAGCAGCAGUGUCGCUCCGUCGCUUCAGACCACAGAUUCGGCCACCCAGACCUCCCAGCCCACGCUGGCCUCCUGCGCCCAGGGCCAGGUCACUCUGAGACGGGGCGGCGGCAGGACGCCGCGCCGGCCCCGGCCCUCCUCCAUGGUGGACUACCAGAGCUACCGGCACACGCAGCAGCUGGUCAGGAAGAUCCUGGAUCAGCCGGCUGCCCAGGGCCUGGUCCCGGAGGUCCAGGAGCUGGUGGACAGCAUACGGAACGUCCUGCAGUCGGACCAGGAGCACAUGGAGGAGGCCGUGCGCUGUGCCAGCUACAUAGAACAGGUGUUCACUGACUCCCAAAUGGAUCCCAGUCAGCCAGCAGAGAGUCACUCGGUGACCUUUCCUCGCCCCCGGAGGACGAGGACGAGGAGGAGGCCCCGCCUGCUGCACCUGCAGAGCUGCGGGGACCUCAGCUCAUUCACCUGUGAGUCGGUGGAGCGACGUGGAAACCAUCCCGGGGCGGCCUGGAGAGGGGGCUCAGGGCCGACCUCGAGGACAGGGUCCCGUCUGGAUCGCCCUGAACGCCCACACAGCCUGAUCGGAGUCUUUAGAGAGACGGUGCUUUGAGGAACAACCGAUUGGAGGAAGAAAGCAACCUGUUGGAUGCUGCGUUAGGUAUAGAUAAACUUCAAGAGACUGAGAAGGAUCUGAGAGAGAAGUAAAGUGUGCAGAUGUUUGUACAAAUGCCAUUUUCUUUUCUUCUCACUGUUUUGCUCUGCUUAUACUGUCGUUUUAGACAUUAGAAAAUGUGGGGGAAAAGUCUAAUACCAAGCAUUUAUCGGAUAUUAACGAGUUUUAUUUCCUUCUGUCAACUCAAUGCAAAUAUACAUUGCUGCAAUUACUUUACACAAGUCAAGAUUUUAUUUAGUGGUUCAAUUACAUUGGCUUAUAUAUUUUCAGAUAUCGAUAGGAUUGUUAUUUUUUUGAGUAUAUGAUAAUAAACUCAACCUCCAUGUGUCCUCA